CCCGCCAUUGGACCCCUUUGUCCUUCACCUGUGGUUAUCCAGGGCUCUUCUCUCUUUUUAUCCUUCUUCCCCUUCCAGUGGUUAUCAAGAUGCCUGCCACGGCGUCCCGUGCCGUGCUGCGGCAAUCGCAGUUCCUGACCCGGAGGACCGCAGUCAGAUACUCUUCUUCCAGCUCCCAAGCUGCCUCUAAGGCUUCGGAGGCUGCCUCUGCUGCUGCCUCCAAGGCAUCCGAAGGCCUCUCUCGUGUCUCUUCCGCUGCUGGCCCUGCCCUCAACAAUCUCGGCAACGCCCUGAGGAAGGUCGGUGGAAGAACCGGAAAAGUUAUCUCCUUUGUCGAUUCCUUGAUCCCCCCUACUCUCUACUACUCGAAGGUUGGCCUUGAACUUGGCAAGCUGGUAUUCCGUGGACAGAACAUGACUCCCCCAAGCAUGGCCACUUUCCAAUCCUACUUCCAGCCUUUGAUCAACUCUCUCCGCAGCCCCGCCGCCUUCAAGAACGCCAACUUCGUCUCCCCCCAACAGAUCCUGGCCCGUGUUCGCAAUGCCAACAAGAAGGAGAUCGCCCUGGCCGGUGUCACUGCUGCGGAGGUUAUUGGAUUCUUCACCGUUGGAGAGAUCAUCGGUCGCAUGAACAUUGUCGGCUACAAGGGACAUCCUAGCCAUGAACACCACUAGACCGCCAACCGCAUGCAAUCCUGUCUACCCUGUCUUUCUUCCUGUUAUACUUUCCUAUGUGCACUGUACUAUUGUAUGAUAGACGAUGGAAUUUAACUGUUGUCUGAGGCAAAUUUUGCGAAUUUGGGACCAUCUGUUUUACCUCUGUGGAUGUUGGAUACUCGAGCUCUAGAAACGUUUCUCCCACGAACGCUGGAGAUGAGCGGGAUUCUACUGUCUACUGUUCUAGAGCGCUGUCGAAAAACCUAUAGACUCUAUUAUAUGAUACGGCAAUACAUCUGUUUUUUU